AGUGACUUACGCACAAAGCGCGCGCCGCUGAAUUUCGCCCGCGGCGGCUUCCCCGCGAAAAGCUCGGCGGAAAGUUCGCGCGGGUGAACAUUUGGAUAGCUCGGCGAUUCGUGUGGCUUCUCCGUUGGAAAAGUUCGCGGCGGGACGUGAGGCCUGUCGAGGGUGAAAUAGUAUCCGUCAAUCGAGAGGCGAGUCCCGCGGUCGACGCAUCCGACCGAGGUGGUCAGUCAACUUUUUCGCGUGCCAAUAGAGUGGGGAUCUUGAGUGGCAGCGCCCGGUGUUGUGUGUGUCCAGUGUCCUUGAGUCGGAAUAAUUUUGUGGACUUUGUUGUCUGGUGUAAUUAUCAUCAAAGAUAUUCGCGAGGAUCCGAGUGCAAUUAAUGUUAAUACCGUGUGUGUAGAAAACCCGUGUUACAAACGCCUCUUCGUCGAUUUGUAAAGUUUCCCGCAAUGACUACGACUUUACCUUAAUACAGCAACAAUAAACUAUUAUAGAAGCGUACUCAAUGCUCCGCACAAAUGAUCAGCUAGUCGAAUUGUCUGUUGCAAAAUUAUUUUCGCAAUACAAAACAAGAUAAUUGGCUCAGUGAAACACUUUCACUAGGAUUUCGAGCCACUUUCUUAAUUAGCGCAAAAAUUACAUUGCGGAAAUCACUUUAAUCGUUCUCAAUGUAUUUCGUGCUCUGAAAGAAUUUUAAAUCCACGUGAAACUUAGAAUGGAAAUACGAAUAGCUUCACACAAGUCUACUUACAAAGUCGUGCACAGAAAAAAUCUAGUAUUUUAAAUACGUUCAACCUUUUAUUUAAAUUUAAGAGUUCUUAAAAAAAUGGAUUACAAGUUCCUCUUGGGGGUAAUGCUUGCCCUGCUCCUGAAAACGAGGGAUGUCUGCGGGUACAAAAUUUUGGGACUAUUCCCUUACAACGGCCAAAGUCACAUCGUGAUGUUCAAAAGCAUAAUGAAAGGCCUAACAGAGCGUGGCCACGAGGUACAUGUGUUGAGUCACUACCCUCAGCAAACGCCCAUAGCGAACUACACGGAUUUAAGCGUUCUGGGCUCAAUAGAACUACCGAACAAUCAGAUGCCCUUCGAUCACUUCGAAACCAUCGGCAAAUUGGAUAUCUUCAAUAUUCUCGGCACCCUGGUGCUCUACUCCAAGAUUGAAGAGCAUGCUGCGGUUAUGGAGUCUGAGGCCGUUCAGAAAUUGCUGAAAUCCAAUGAGAGGUACGAUCUGAUCAUAACGGAGUCCUUCGUGCCGGACAUGAUGCUGGGCUUCGUGCACAAGUUCAAAGCCCCGCUGGUGCUCCUCAGUUCCUGCGGGCUGCCGCCGUGGACGAGCGACUUCCUGGCGAACCCGCAGAACCCGGCCUUCGUGCCCCACUUCCUCUCCCAGUUCAGCCCUCGGAUGUCCUUCUUCGAGCGGGUCCGCAACACGGCCGGGCUCAUCACCAACCUCGUCGCCUGGCACGCCUUCUUCGUCCCGGCCAACGAGCGGAUCAUGAGGCGCCAUUUCGGGGAUGACGUUCCGCCGAUUUUGGAUAUCUUGAAGAGUACGAGUCUCAUAUUGGGCAACUCACAUUCCACGAUUCAUGGUGGACGGCCCUUCGCGUCUACAGUUGUUGAUGUUGGAGGUGUCCACGUGGAGCCUGCGAAAAGGCUCCCUAGGGACAUUGAGAAAUUCAUCGAAGAUUCUCCCGACGGUGUUAUAUAUUUCUGCAUGGGAUCCCUGUUAAGAGCGGCCACGUUCCCCGAGCACAAAAAGAACGCUUUCCUCUACACUUUUUCAAAACUGAAGGAGCGCGUUUUGUGGAAAUUUGAAGACGAGAAUGUAUCUGCACCCAGCAACGUCAUGAUUAAGGAAUGGAUGCCUCAAAGGGAUAUUUUAGCACACCCAAAAGUUAAGCUGUUCAUCGGGCACGGGGGUUUGUUGGGAACCCUGGAAGCCAUGACCGAAGGGAAACCUAUGGUAGGGAUUCCGAUGUUUGGUGAUCAGCCCAUGAAUGUGAAGUCGUUAGAAGCAAAAAAAGUCUCAAAAUACGUGGACUACUACAGUAUCACAAACGAUACUAUCUAUGAAGCCGUGCGAGAAAUGUUGAAGCCAAAAUAUCUGGAAAACGCAAGAGAGCUUUCGAAAUUGUUCCACGACCGCCCAAUGUCGCCAAUGGACACUGCUGCUUACUGGGUGGAAUAUGUCAUCCGAAAUAAAGGAGCUAGAAAUCUACGCUCCGCGGCUGUGGACAUGCCAUUUUACCAGUACCUACUAUUAGAUGUAAUCUUAUUUUAUACUGUUUCUGUGAUAUUUAGCUUAUAUUUAAUUAGUUGUUUAUUAAAUUGCGUUUGUAGGAGUAGUAAAUCAAAGGAUGGAAGGACAAAACUAAAACAGAAAUAAAUUUCCUUACCAAGAUAGUA